AUGUCGAGGCAGCAGGAUCAGUUCAUCGAUGAUGAUGAAGAGGAGGUGUGCCCGCUCUGCGUGGAGGAGCUCGAUCUCACCGACAAAGGCUUCCGACCAUGCCAGUGCGGCUACCAGAUAUGCCAAUUCUGCUACAACAACGUCAAGAAUAACAUGAACGGCCUCUGUCCAGCAUGUCGAAGACCCUACAACGACGCAGACGUCGUCAUUACCAGACCGACAGCGGAGGAGAUGACCGCCUACAAAGCUCGACAGGCGCAGAAGCAGAAGAAGACACAAGUCGCCAUGCAGAAAGAGAAGCAGCGGGCAGAGGCCGACAAUCUCAGUCGGAAGCACUUAGCUGGUCUCCGAGUAGUGCAAAAGAAUCUGGUUUAUGUGACCGGACUUCAGCCUGCCAUACACGAAGAUCAGUUAUUGCAGACCCUGCGCGGCCCGGAGUACUUCGGACAAUACGGUCGGAUCAUCAAAAUCGUCGUCAGCAAAGCCAAAGACCCCGCUCAUCCUAAUUCCGUCGGUGUAUAUGUUACAUUCGAGCGGACGGAGGAUGCGGAGAAGUGCAUUCUCGCGGUUAAUGGCUCGAAGAACCACGAACGAACCCUGCGCGCGCAGUUUGGUACCACCAAAUAUUGCUCUGCGUACUUGCGUGGGGAGACUUGUGGGAAUCGGAAUUGCAUGUUCCUGCACGAGCCCGGCGAAGCCAACGAAAGUUACUCGCGAGCCGAUCUAUCUGCAUUGAACGCUGGAGGGUCACAGAACGGGGGUGUUGGUCGACCGCCUCCUCAGUCACAACAACCGGUCGCAUCUGCAGCUCAACCCAUGGCCCGUGAACCGAGCGAGGACCAGCCGAGUAGUCCUUCUGCUGAUCGCCCAGCUCUUCCAUCGUCGGCUAGCUGGGCUUCGAGGAUACCACACGGUCAACCACCGCCCCGAUCGGAGAGUAGAGCUACCAGCAGUACAGCAGAUAUGGACACGCCUGCCGAUCCAGCACCAUUACACACCCAGCAAGAGCAGGCCGCAGCGCAAGAAUCGUCCAUUCCCGCACAAGCACCAGUCUCGUCCGAUUCCACCACGGGCCAAACGCCAGCUUCGCUGCCUGUGCGACCCCAGCGCCAGGAGUCUUCUUGGCUGGCAUACUACAGGACAUUCCACCCGGAGGACUUGGGGUUCUCUUUCCAUUGGGAUGGUGUUGUUCCAACCUCUCACGCGAUCAUCAAAGAUUAUCCGCCGUUGUUCGAUCUGAAUGUUGGUCCCGGCCAAAGAAGAGUACGACGACGACAAGAAAAUGAGCGCCAAUUGCAGCUACAGAAUCAGACACCGGAUCAACGGCCGCCGAUCGACGCUGAUAACGGUCUUGAGCGCAGUGGCAGUCUGCAGCUGGGUGGCGAGCCGGAAGAACGAGUAGGCAUGAACCAGCCACGGAACGCGAUUUCACCUCCGGCCCAAGACGAUUCUGGACAACGAUUUCCGUUUGGCGGAACAAGCCCAAGCAUUGGUGAGCGUGGUCUGACGCCUCAACAACAACACCAGCAGACGUUGCUGAACAGCAUGAAGUCUAUUGAGGGCGCGGAACCAUUUGCGAACAGCGCCGCGCAGCCGAACGCUUUCCAACAAUCCGGCAACCCCCCGGGUCAUUCGCGCAAUGCUUCUAGGUACUCCUUCGCGAAUGACGUCUCCGCCUCCACCAACGUCAAGCCCAUGGCGAGCGCCAAGGUUAUGAACCAGCAAGCCUCCAUCAUGCCCCCAGCCACUGGUAAUCAAUAUGGAGGUCAACAGCAGACGCAUGGCAGUCAAUUCUACACCAACAACGUUCAAGGCCCUCCUCCCGGCAUCAAAAUGACGGGGACGCCACCUGUCUCUGGCGGCAUGACCUUCGGGCAAGGCCAUGGCUUUGCGACUGGAGGUAUCCAAUACGGUGCCAACGCGGGACUCAACGCCAACGAGGAACGCAUGCGCAGCUUACUUCGUGGACGUGAGGCUGGUGCUCCAGCCGGGGCUACCGACGCAUCCAAGCGUGAGUUCAGCACUUUCUCUAAUACUUACAGCAAUUCAUCCUCCUCCCACUACCACAAUCAGGGUGGGAGCACAGCCGCAUUCACCAGUCCAGCACCGGGCAGCACGCCUUUCACUACUGGCCCGCCUUCAUAUGCCUCUCUUUCCUCCUUCAGCGGAGAGGAUUCCAAGCAGCGCAAGAAGAAGGGGAAGAAGCACCGACACAACCACACAUCGUCCUCUGGCGAUGACACCGACUUCCCGCCCCUUCGCGCCCCUCCAAGCCGCCAACAGAGCAUCAGCAUAGCCGGAUCCCGACCCUCCACACCCGCCGUGCCACCAGGGUUAGAGGGAACCAUCGGCAGUGCAUCGCGGCGCUCCACGCCCACCGUACCUCCAGGCCUCAGCAAGCCCGCCGUCCUCCCGGAUUUUGAAGCCCUGACUGAAGGCAGCGGCUCUCGACCGUCUAGUCGGCCCUCGAGUCGAGCGGGUGUGAAGAGAGCUGUGUCGCAGAUUAUGCCUGCGCUGCCUCUUCGGCCGUCUCGGCCGUCUACUCCGGCUCAACAGGCUGUUGGGACGCCGCCUUCGAAGGUGCAGGGUGGAAAUGUGGAGAGGAUGGGGACGCCGACCAGGGAGCCUCGACAUGUUUCUUCGAAAGUUGAUGGGCAACAUGAGAGUGAGGUUGCCGCUGCUGCUGGUGCCGGAAAGCGCGAGGAUACGACAACUACGCCGCAAAAGUCUGGUGUUGUUUCGCGGGAUGCAUCUCCAGCUGUUCCUGUUGCAAAGAAGGCGGCAGAGGCAGCGAAUGAUCAAAUCCAGCCUGCCACACCCAAAUCUGCAGUUGGCCCUGCUCCAGCACCGAAAACGAUGCAGCCCUCUGCCAAAGGCGUCGCCACUGUCUCGACCGUGGACACGCAGGCCACGCCGACCAAACAGCCGCAGCAGCCUGCUUCUACCAAGGGAACGAAACGAACACCACCAGGCAAACUCGACAUCGCCGCGGCAGUGAGCAAGCAGCCGGCAGAUGCCACCGCUGCUGCAGAUGCCGCGAGCGCAGCGCAGCGCAAUGCUGUCCAGACUCCCGUCGACUCACUGCCCAGAUCACAAUCUCCGAACGCCAGCGUCUCCUCGCCCGCUAUCCGGACAGGACCGAAGACAUUGAGGGUCGUUCAGACUCCGAGGACCGAGACUCCGCCGGCAGAGGCCACGCCUUCAACGGCGAGGUUGCCUUCACGUCAGCCGAGUAUUGCGUCCAUUCAGCUCCCCGGCACGCCUUCUAGUGAGCAUGUCUCUCUGCCCGAUAAUCUGUCGAUGCCUUCGACUUCCCAAUCGCGUGCGAACUCGCCACCGCCAACCGCAGCACCUGCGAAGGCGCCCGUGAAGUCGAAAACGCAGUUGAAGAAGGAGCGUCAGGAGCGCGCGAAGGCUAUUGAGGAGGAGCGGCUAGCAGAGGAAGCCAAGAAGACGAGCGUUGAAGAGCCGGAGCAGGAAGCGAUUAUCAGUCGCAAGAAGAAGACCAAGAAGGAAAAGGAGCCCAAGAGUAAGCCGAAAACGGCGGCCUCUGCUGCGGCUGCUGCUGCGACGCAGGACUCCACUCCGACCGUGAGUCGCGCCGCCUCGCCUGUGCCUAAACCCGCUGGCGAAGACAGUGCUGCUGCCAUUGCCGAUCACCGACUUCAAUCACCUGCACCCGCAGCAACACCCCCAAGGAACAUCACACCUCUCAACCCCUCUCCACCCCAACACCACUCCUCCCGCGAAGCCUCCCCAGCACCCCCACCAACACCCCCGACCCUCAGCGCCGCGCAAAUCCUUGCCGACCUGCAAUCCAGCGACCCCAGCGUGCAAACGUCCCUCGACUCCUUCUUCCGCCUCCCCACCUCGCCGCACUUCACCAAACCCACCCAACCCAUCACGGCCCGCGACCUGCACGACCCCAUCAACGACCCCACGCACUUCAUCCUCAACCUCCCGGAAAGCGACGUGCACGCCCUGCUCAGCGGCGCCCUGCACUCCUACCACUACGGCGGCGCCGAAAACCGCACCUGGAGCCGCGGCAUGGUGACGCCCGCAGGCUCGCACCUGCGCGCCCUGAGCGCCGAGCUGGAAGCGCGGGUCCUCGAGCUCGAAGAGAGAAUCCACUCUCAGCCGGAAGAGCUGCGCUUCCACCCCACCAAACCGCAAGAUCUGAUGAAGUUCCCCGCCCUCGACCUCGAGGCGCUGAAGCGGCAUUUCGAGAAUCUCGCGGGCCGCAGUAGCGCGUACCUCCUCGGCGCGGCGGCGAACGCCAAUCAGCAGCAAUCGCCGCAAAUCACAGACGACACGGCCGCGUCGUUUGUGAACGAGUUCGUGAUGCCGCCGUUGACUCCGCCGCCGGGGACGGCGACGCCGAGUGGCGGCGUGCGCGGGUAUCAAGCGAGUAUGCGCGGGACGCCGAUGGUGAGUGCGCCGGAGGCGGGCGGCGCGGCGGCGGUGCCGAGCGUGGAGCAUGCGGAAAGGCUGUUGGCGGAGGCGAGGAGGAGUAUGGAGGAGAGCGAGGGGGCUUUGCGGCGGAUGAUGAAGAAGAAUCGGAAGGUGCUGGGCCUGGCGUGA